ACAAGAAUGAUUGUCCGGAGCUGCCUUGCUUUACUUGUGAUAGCCCAAAAUGCUCUCAUAGCCGAUGGGUGUUCAUCACAAAUACAAUCAUGUACAAAUUGCUAUGUUAGCGAAAAAAAGUGCUCUAAAGAUGAAGUAAGCGGCAAAAAUAAAACCAGCUGUAUGAGUGUCAUAGAUAAUGACUCGAUGGUCCAAAUAGUGUCAUGGGUUCACCAUGACAAUAAAUGCUUCAAGUUCAAUAAUUGUGAAGGAAACACUGGACAUCUUGUGUACGCGGCUAAUGAUGUUUCGAGACGCCGUGUAUGUCACACAGAUUGUUUGAGUGUAGAAUUUAAAAUGGAAGCAAACAGAUACGGACAAGUUUCUGCGCACAAUAACUCUGUAGUUUAUGAUGGAUUGGGAAAUGACGAGGAAUGUUUCGCUCACUGCAUUGGCCACACAUCCUGCGUGUCAUCCUUCAAUAGCAAUAACAACAAGACAUGUUGGAUUCACAACUCUUGCGACCCAUGUACAACCAUAUACGCAGUUGACUACACUACGUACACAUGGAUUUGCUUAGACAAUGUCCAAUCAGGUUGUCCGGCACUACAAAAUAUAUUGCAUGGUUACGUCAAUAGCUCGGGUUUGAACAAUGGGGACACUGCGUCGUAUACUUGCGAACUGGGCUACACAUUAUCAUCGUCAAGCACAAGGUUUUGUACAAGCAAUCGAACAUGGAAUUCUUCAGAGCCUUCUUGUGAUUUGAUAACGUGUGCGUCACCACUUGCACCAGUCAACGGUGCUUUACACCUCAAUGGAUCUUCUUUUGGGGGCCGUGCUAUUUACUCGUGCAACGUUGGACACUUUCUCAGUAGCUCUAAUACUGCAACUUGCAAUGCUUCUGGACAAUGGGAUACGCCGGCCCCAAUAUGUAUUCUUCACAAUUGUGGCAAUCUAUCAAAACCCCAAAACGGCUUGGUUAAUUUUGCCGCUACAACCUACGGGGCAAUUGCGUAUUACGUCUGCGAUGUUGGCUACAAUUUGAAUGGCAGUAAAUCUAGUACGUGCAAUGGAACAGGAGAUUGGGAUAGAGAGCCUCCAACAUGUACACCGAUAGAUUGUGGUCCAAUGUUAAACCCGUCUAAUGGACAUGUUAGUUAUUUCAGCACCACGUACGGCUCUAUUGCUAACUACUCGUGCAAUUUGGGAUACUUCAUGUAUGGAUCAAACAGUACAACGUGCAUGGCAGAAGGCCACUGGUUGACCACAAAUCCUGACUGCGCACAGCUUUGAUUGUGGGCAAUUGUACAGUUCAGUUAAUGGCACCGUCACUGUGACAAAUACAACGUAUGGAGCAAUAGCAAACUACUCCUGUGAUACUGGUUAUUCCUUGGUUGGCCCUGAAAGCACCACGUGCAAUUCGACGGGUCACUGGAACAAAGCAGCUCCAAUAUGUUCACAAAUUGUAUGCGGUAAUAUUACAAUCACCAAUGGUUUGGUUUCCUACUCCGGUGCAAAAGUCUAUGGCGAUCAUGCAAACAUCACGUGCGAUGCUGGUUACCAGCUUAGCGGUCCAUCAACACGUAUCUGCUUGGGGAACUGGAGUCAACCAGAAUCUUCAUGCAUAGAUAUGGGUGCAACAAGCCUAACCAUUUCAAACACGACUAAGAUCUUUAAACGUAUCUACAUCUCACCCUGUAUUUGCAAUACAGAAGCUGAGUGGGGUAACUUGACAAAUGAGGAGAUUAUAUACAUUCUA